CAUGCGGAAGCUAGGAUCACAGGAAUUCACCCCGUCUUAGCCGAUUCCUCGGGUUCGCCACACUCUGCCAGAUUUCUCCGUCUCCAGAUCCGCAUAUCGUGGCAGCGCAUGUUAGACCCUCCCGUAUUCGCUGUUGUUGCGGAGCUAUACCAAAAUCACCUUAGGCAUCACUCAUGGGCCUCCUAAUCUCCGAGUCAAUGCUGCUGCGGAGCGCAGAGGACUGGCUCAACAUGACCUUCGGAGUGCGCCCCGAGGAUGUCGCCACAUACCACCCGGUCUUUAAAGACGCGCUCCUCUCCUCCGUGCGCACGAAGCGCCGUUACACUGGUCUCCCCAGCCCGCCGCAUUGCCCGGCGGACCAGACGCUCUGGCCUCUGCCCGCGUCGAUUAACGUCGGAUCGCAGCAGCCCCGAGCCGUGGGAUUCGACUCCCACUCGUCGCGUCUCCAGGGAAAAGCGUCGCCUGACAAAGAAUCGUCGAAAGCGUCGCAAGAAGAGGCAGCACUUGUGAAAACCCCCUUCGCGAGCCCGAAGGACCCCGGCAAUCUCGAUGCUGACGUGGACCCUUUCUCGCCGCUCACGCCGCCGUCUCCCCAAACCCCCACCUUCUCCCCGCCCGUCUCUUUCUUCUCCCCCAACCUCUCCGCUCCCUUCCGCCCGCUCCUCUUCUCCCCCUUCACCUGCGGCGCCUCCUCCCCGCCCAUCUCCUCCCCCCCCUCCGCCUCCUCUUCCCGCAACCGCACUCCAAGCAACGGCGUUUUCGUUCAAUCUCAAUCCCACAAUGGGCGGAAGUGGGGGAGGCCUGUCGGGCGGCUGCUGUUCGGCGAUACGGGGGACGAGGACGAGACAGGGCGGAGGAGAGAGGAAGAGGCGAGGGAGCAAGACCUUGGGUCGGACCGGGGAGCAGAAAUAGGAGAGGUGACUCAGGCGAAGCUAACGAGAGACGACUGCGCGUCGUCAGCGUCUUCCGCGCCCUCCUCCUCCUUCUCCUCCUCGCCGUCCUUCCCGUCGCGUUCAGCGGCAGCAGCAGCAAAAGCAGCAGCGGCGGUGGCAGCAAACGCAGCGAGCGGCCGGCCGGCGUUCGUGGGCGGACACGUGGCGGCGGCAGCUGAUAGGUACCGCGUGCUGGCGGAGGAGACGGCUCGGCUGGAGGAGGAGUACGAGGUGGGGGAGCGGCUGGGCAGCGGGCACUUCGGGUGCGCGCGCGUGUGCCGGGAGAGGCGCACGGGGCGGCUGCUGGCGUGCAAGUCGAUUGACAAGGCGAAGCUCCGAUACUGUGGCAAGGAGGAGCAGGAGGAGGAGGCGCAGGCGCGGAAGUGCGCAACCCCCUUAUCUUCCCCCUCACCCCCUCCCCCCACUCCCGCACCACCACCACCACCCUCCGCCGCCUCCCCUCUCCAGUCCCUCCUCUCCCCCGCAAUCCGAGUAAAGCUCGCCGAUUUCGGGCUGUCGGUGUUCCUGCCCCCCGGGCAACUAGUCAAGGGGCUAGCCGGCAGCCCCUACUAUCUCGCCCCGGAGGUGCCCAGCGGGUGGUACGGCUUCCCCGCGGAUAUAUGGAGCCUGGGCGUGGUGCUGUACCUGAUGCUCUCCGGCCAUGUGCCGUACUAUGGCAAGACGGAUGCGGAGAUCCUGAGAGCCAUUGAGUGCGGCACCACUGUGAGCACUAUUGCUGCAAGCACCGGUGCCACCAGCAGCAAUGCCACCAACAGCAGCAACUGCAGCAGCAGUGGAGAAGUUGAGGAUUGCAGAACUGCCUCAACAGGCGCCUCCUCUCCUCCUCUUCCUCCUCUUCCUCCUCCCCCCCAUACUACUUCUACCAACACCUUCUAUCCAGAGCCCACGACGCUUCUCUCCCUCCUCCGCUCCCCGUUCUCCUCUCCCCGCGAUCCAUUCUCCUUCCCCCAGUCACGCCCCCAGCCCUCCCCUGACCCAACAGCGGGUGCAGGCCUCACCACCAAGUCCAGGCUGUCGCCGUCCCCAUUACAGGGCGAUGCAAUACAGGCAUGCGUUGAGCCGCCCGUGCUACACGCCCUGUCAGAAGGCUUUGGUCCUGAGCCUUGGAAACAGACAAGUGGGGUGGCGAGCGGUGCAGUGGAAGGGAGAGGGGUGGAGUGGAGUGGAAACGCAGCCAUGGUUCAAGACAAAGGGGCAGUGGUGGCAGGUAGAGGGGAGGUGGAGAGGCGAGGGGAGCAGCAGGAGUGGCACGAGGCAGGUAGGAGGGAGGACAUAUGGGAGAGAAUUGAGCUGUCGGAAAGCGAUGGCGAUGGUGAUGGUUUCAGGGCCAGCGGCAGUGAAUCUGGCAGUGGCAGUGGCAGAGGCAGCGGCAGAGGGAGCGCAGCAGAUGGAAUGCAGGGCUGUGAUGAUGACACGGAUGGGGGGCUUCCUUGCUCGCAGGUAGGGGGCAACAGUAGUUGUGAGUUGUGGGAGCAGCAACAGCAGCAGGGAGGCUGCACCAACAUCAGCUGUGGCAGCAGGAGGAGGGGCAGUAAAUGCUGUGCAGAGAGCUGCUCUUUUGUGUCUGGCGAAGUUGCAAUGGUGGAGGGAGGAGCAGUGGAGGGGGGAGAAGUGGUGCAAGGGCGGAUGAGUGCGGAGGGGAUGAAGGAGAGGGACCUAGAGGGAGCAAGUGGGUCAGCCUGGUUGGAUAGUUUGGCAUCCGACAUUGAUCUGUGCUCCGGGCUGGAGCUUGUUGAAAGCUUUUAUUUGCUGCUGUAGGACGUUUAUGUGCAUCGGCAGCUGCUUGGCUUUGUGACCUCUGUACUAAGAGGUUUAGCAUAGACUGAUUGUG